AUGUCGCGCCUCCUCGCCCCCAACCUCCGCGCGCUCCUCCGCCCCAGCGCACCCUCCGCCAUCCGCCUCGCCUCCGGCUUCGGCUCGCGCCCCGCGCCGCCGAAGCUCCCCGCCAGCGAGCAGGCCGAGUUCGAGCGCCUGCAGCGCGCCGCCGCCGUGUCCUCCGCCUUCCAGCCCGAAGCCGACGCCGCAUCGCCGGAUGCCACCGCUGCCGCGUCCGCCCCUGAGGUCACCGACGUCAACCCCGGCCUGUUCCGCGGCGCGCCCCCGGAGUUCGAGGGCGACGUCAACCCCAAGACCGGCGAGGUCGGCGGGCCCAAGAAUGAGCCGCUGCGGUGGGGCGACAAGGGCGAUUGGAGCUACAAUGGACGAGUGACGGAUUUCUGA